GUCGUAAUCAUCACCAAUGCUGAGCGAGGAUGGAUUGAGCUCAGUUGCCAGAAGUUCCUCCCAACGCUCUACCCUGCCCUUGAGAGCGUCAAGGUGCUGUCUGCGAGAACCACGUACGAGAGCAGCACUUUGGCGUCGCCCUUGGAGUGGAAGGUGCGAGCCUUCGCGGCCGAGAUCGAACGCGUCUACGGUCGGGCGGGCCUUACCCAGCCCAGCAGGCGCAAGAAUGUUCUCUCUCUUGGCGACAGUGUCCACGAACGUGAGGCCCUGCGCCGCGCAACUUUGCAUCUUCCUGGCUGCUGGUCCAAGUGCCUGAAGUUCGUCGAGCGACCGGACAUCAGCAAGAUCUGCCAUCAGCAUGCCCUGGUCUGCAACCACUUCGAGAGACUCGUCCAGCAUGCCGACAACCUGGACUACAGCAUUCGAUGCUGA